GAGCAAUAGCUAUAAUAACAAUCGCAUUGUGGAGUGGCGAGGAACUAAUGGAUGGAAGGUAGAAUUUGGUGAACAUCGAAGAUGACUGCAACUGCAGCUGGAGUCGCCGUAUCUUUGGGGAUACUCAGUAGUUACUGUUACACUCACCCAGUGCCAGAAUUUCAUUCUUCUACGCGCAUUCGCAAUCGGAGCAGGAAACUCUUUCGUCGAAAAAGGUUUUCUGUUGAAGCCGCAAAUUCAAAUUCAAUUUCUUCCCGUGGAGGUACCUAUGACUAUGACUUUGAUCCGGAGCUGCGAUCGGUGCUUGAACUUGCCACCGAUUCCGAGUUGUACGAGAUUGAAACAAUCCUUUUCGGCCCAAGCUACUUGAGUCCUUUGCUCAAAUCCAUUCCAUUCGCAAACACAAGUGAUCUCGACCGUUCCAUGAUUGGAGUCGACCUUCGACAACGCCAACAAUUUAUAGAAGCUCUCGAGUCCCGAUUUUUCUUCCUUGCUGCUGAUGCCCGCUCCACAUUAAGGGGUUGGAGGCCAUCUUAUAGAAACGUCUUGCUUCAGAUAAGGAAAAAAUUGAAUAUUCCUUGCUCAACCCAAUUGUCAACUCACGACCUUGAACUCGAAAUUUUCCUCCACCUUUUGCACUGCAACUCAACUGAAGAAUCAGGAGACUACCCUGGCUUAUUGGACGCAAGCACUGCAUCUGAUAGUCAGGGAAAUCUACAACAUGGACUCAGUCAAUGGAAAGUUCAGUCCAAAGUUGGGGCCGAAGACAUUCGAUCAAUUAUUUUGAAGGGAGGUGGUGUAUUUACAUUGGGAAAGAUAUAUCAAUUGUUAGUGAGGAAAUUAUCUGGGAAAGUUCUUGUUGAAGCUGCCAACUAUCAGGUUAAGAAAGACUUAAUGAAGAAGGGUGGGCAAUUAGCUAUGAUUAAUCUAGAAUCCAGAGCAGCCUUGCUUGCAGCAAAACAGGGUUUUCUAGGUGCGGCGUCAAGAUAUCUGGGCUUUAGAAGCAUGAUCACAUUACUUGGACCUGUGCUUUGGGGAACAUUUUUGGCUGAUCUUGUCAUUCAAAUGCUUGGAACAGAUUAUGCUAGAAUCUUGAGAACAAUUUAUGCUUUGGCUCAGAUUCGAGCGAUCCGCACGUAUCGGCUGCCUUCUGAAGUUACUGAUGAAUCAUUGAAUAGUUAAGGAAUUUCAUUUCAUUGAUUUAGAAGUUAAGGAUUUUGGGCCUUGUAGUAGCUUUUGGACGAAUGUCAUGUUUAGGUAAACAGUUUUAGAGCAAGACAAUCUCCACUCUUGAAAAUUUGUAAAUAACUAGGUAUUAGUGUCUGUGCAUAACUUUUUACAGCUGAUUUACAUUCUUCCUCCGAGGACUUAUUUAAUUUUGGUAGAUAUAAUUGGAGAUGGACUAGUCGAUUUUGUCGUG